ACGAGGUGGCGGUAAGAUGAAACUUUCUGAAAAUGUGCCAAUUCAGAGUCAUCGCCGAGAAACACAAUUUCACAUGGGCUAAGUUCUAUUGGUGUGUUUGGGGGGGAAAAAAUACUUAAGGUGACCAUGACGGAGGCAGAGCUGGUCUUUCAGAAAAAGAAGAAAAAGAAGAAGAAGAACAAGAAGCGACUUUUAGAGGAGGUGCCGGAGCUCGGCAAUCCUCCUGAGCUAACCCCAACGGAAGUCGACUCUCACAAGAAACAUAAACACAAAAAGAAGAAAACAAAACGAAGUGAGAACGAUGACUGUAGACCAGUCGAAAUCCAGUGUGAUACAAAAGAAAGGCAAAACAAAAAGAAAAGAAAACACAAUGCAGAGAACUUAAGUGUGACACCAGAGGCUGCAGAUGUUGCUGCUGCUCAGGAGAGAGAGGUGAAGAAAAAGAAGAAGAAAAGGAGAAUUGAAGAGCCAGACUGUCCUGGAGAGAAGACGGAGGCAGAGGCGGCACUCACAGCGGUGCAAACCAACACACAGCCUGCUGCAGACACACACUCUCCCACAGACACACAGCUUCACCCAGAUGAUGUGCCUGAAGUGCUGGACGUUGACGAUGCCAUCCGGCAGGAGAUCCAGGAGUUCCUGCCUCAGUUCACGUUUUGCGAAUUCAUCGCGGUCCAGAAGGUCAUCAGGUACGACCUGCCCCGCUUCAGGGAAUUCAAAAAGCAAGGGAUCCCUCUGCGAAUUGGGCGGUUCACCGCGACCGAGAACAAGCGACUGAAACAGAACGUGAAGGACUUCCUGGCCGUGUCCGGGAUCGACAGCGAGUUCAAGCUUUUCAGACCCAACCGCUUCCCAGAUGAGAAAAAUACCAUCCUAAGCCUGAGGAAGAAGUUGAACUUCCUCCCGAAUUUAUGUGCUGGGAUCGCUCGUUCCUGGAUGACUAUACUCGCGCGAGCCAGGAAGUUCUGCAACACGGAGAAUUACUUGGGGAGGUUUACAGAAGAUGAGAACGAAACCUUGAAGAAACUGCACAAGCUGCAUGGGGCAAGAUGGUCGGCCAUAUCAGACAAGAUGGGCCGCAGUUGUGAAGCGGUGCAGAAACGCUUUGAAAUGAUGUCUGAGGGUCGUGGGGAAUGGUCAGAGGCGGAGCUUAAGGUCUUGAUGACGUGCGUACACGAGCAGCUGCUGAAGAGGGCCAAGCCUGGAGGAGAGGGCGGCGACGGGCCUCUGGUCAUCAACAAGAUGGACUUGUAUAAGAAACUGGGCUGGACGUCUAUGGCUAAGCAGGUCCAGACUCGCAGCUGGCUGCAGUGCAGGGAGAAGUGGAUACUCUACCUGACGAAAAAAAUGACGACUGGUGGAAAGAUCCAAGGGAGGAAGAGCAUAGAAGGGCAGAUCCAGCUGAUCAAAGCGAUCAAUGAAAUGGCUGUGGAUGACCCUGUAGACAUUGUCUGGGAUGACCUCACUCAUCUCUUUGGCAACACCCCACCGGACUAUUUACAAAUUAGGUUUCACAAGCUGAAGGUGACCCAUGUACCAAAUUGGCACAGAAAGGAUUUCUGUGACAUCAUUGAUUUCCUGUAUGAGAAGACCCUGCCAAAGCUGGAGGAGAGCCUGAAGGCCUGUAAGGAUGCUGAAGAGUCAUCAGAGCCGCGAGAGACUUACAAGCUGUCAGAGAUCUUCCCUGACCUCUGAAACACCCCAACCUCACCCCUACUCAUCACCAGAGGAGUUUGAAACCCACCCCUACUCAUCACCAAAGGAGUUUGAAACCCCAGGAGAGACCGGUCACUCUUGCAAGCUUUCAGAGAUCUUCCCCAAACACUGACAAUGCCCCCAACACCAUCCCCGACUCGCCAGGAGAGCUGUGUUCCCCUUACUAGCUGUCAGAGAUCUUUCCUGGUCUCGGAAAAUCCCAAACCCUGACCCCACUUACCUAACCUCCUCGCGAGGGGACGUGUGAGAAGUUUGAAAAUGUGUUUGCUCAGGCACUUUUUUUCUAAAGAAGUUCAGAUUAUAUAUUUUCAGGAAUGUAAAUGAUUGGAUUGGAUUUGAUUAUGUAUUUGUAUGAGUUAAAUAGUAAAUCAAGGAGUUUUAAAACCCA